AUGCCCAAUCUGCCGUUCGAGCUCAUCGAGGACAUCCUCCUGCGCCUCCCCGUGAAGUCCCUCAAGCGGUUUCGCUCCGUCGGGAAAUCGUGGUGUUCUUUGAUAGACAGCGAAAGUUUCGCCAAAUCCCACCUUCGCCGGUCGCUGGCUUCGAAUUCCCACCGCCGGCUCAUCCUCGGAGGUCUCGGCGUUUACUCGGUCGAUUUGGAUACCCUUGACAGGGCCGAGGUCAUCAAACCCCCAUUUUACUACAAGAGCGUGGACGAGAUAUCCAAUUCCUGCAAUGGCAUAGUUCUCGUGAUGAGCGAGCCUCCUGUCCUGUGGAACCCUUACUCGAGGGACUACAAGGUUUUGCCGGAGACUUCUGCUGAAGCUCCAGAAGGGUUGGAAUCGUACUCCAGAACCACUUACGGGUUGGGGUACGAUUCGAGAAAGGACGAUUACAAGGUGAUUAGGCUUGUUGAGUUUAGGAACGGGUUGACUCAUGAUUGGGUGCAAUCGGACGCUAGGGUCUAUGGCCUGAGAUCGAGUUGUUGGCGGGAAAUUGAGGGUUUUCCGUACCCGCUGCCUUUCCUGAAAGGUCAGUGGCGUGCUCACGUUAAUGGCGCCCUUCAUACUUUAGUGGUGGAAGCUGGUAGUUUGUACAUGGGGAAAAUCAUGGCCUUUAGUGUUGAGAGUGAGACACAUUAUGAGGUGGUCAUGCCUUCUGGGAUCAAGAUUUGGAAUGCUGAUUUGAGUUUGGAUGUGAUCGGAGGGUUUCUUUCUUUGGCUUGUAAUUACAAGUACCGAAGUGUCAUUUGGGUGAUGAGAGAGUAUGGAGUGAGGGAAUCAUGGUCUAAAUUGCUCACGGUUUGUCCGCCGGCGAUUGAGCCCCGUGAUUUUGUGAAGCCACUUCUGUACUCCAGGGAAGGUGAUAAGGUUCUGCUGAGUUGUGACGAUAAGAGGCUCGUUUGGUAUGAUGUGGAAAAGAAAACUACGGAGCUUGUCUCGGUUGACGGUAUGCCUUUCGUGUUCUAUGCCGAGCCAUGUGUCGAGAGCCUUGUUUCGUUUAGCAGGCCGGAUGAGGUCAAGAAACUGGGAAUAGAGAAAUCCAAGGCAAAGAAGAUCAGGAAAAAAAGGGAUGACUUUUUGUCUGAGGGAUUUAAUUUGGUGCUUUAA